GUUACCUGGCCAUCAGUCGUACACCUGAACUCUUGGCAAGAAGAGGACUAGAGCAGAGCUCCGCCGCGUUUGCUCUAUUAUUAUUUUUCUCCGACUUCACUUACACGUGAACGAAAAUUACUGUGAUUUUAAAAAUGGUACAGAAUAUGUAAAAGUGUUUUAAUUUAUCGCGAAAAACUAAUAUGUGCAUUGUGUUGGUGAAUUUGUAAACAUCCACUGCUCCAGCUAGCUUUUAUAAAUAUUAUUGGGAUUUAUUUACUCUAGUUGCAAUGAAGACAUAUAACCAUUUGUACCAGCGCUACUUUCCACAAUGUAUUCCCACGAGGUUUCUGAUCUGCAUGAUGAUGUUUACGGCAUGUUGGACGUCAUACAUGUGCCGUCUCCAGAUGCCCAUUCUUGUAGUUCCCAUGACAGCUUCAAAAAAUGGUAUGACUAAAGCUGGUUAUUGCGAUACAGCUGAGCCCAUUCAAGCUACUAGAAGCCAAAGAGCCAUUUGGUAUGACCCUGAAAAUAUUUAUAAUCAUUGGAUUUACGAAAGGGAAGCGUCAGAGUAUAUUUCACAAACUGAAUCUAAUAUAAAUGAGACACGAUUACAUUUCAAAGAUAUACGUCAAAAGCGUGAUGUUGAGAUUUUGAAUCAAACAAGAGGUGAUGAGGAAGGAUUUUCUUUGUUUUCAAAGAAGACAUUCGAAUGGGAUGCACAAGUUCAAGCUCAGUUGCUAUCUUCGUAUGGGUAUGGAAAUGCUCCAGGAAAUUUUAUAGGUGGAUUAGUUGCUAUAAAGUGGGGGCCUAAAAAGUCUAUUCUAUGGACCUCAUUGAUAGCUGCGAUGUUGUCUUUAAUCAGUCCGAUAUUAGCCCAGAUGCAUUGGAGUAUUCUUUGUAUCUCAAGAGUGAUAAUAGGCUUUGCUGGCGGAGUUACAUUUCCAGCUUGCCACACCAUGGUAGCUAAAUGGGCACCUCCAGAUGAGAAAAGUAGAUUCGUAUGGUCUCUCUUGGGUGGCACAUUUGGUACAAUAAUCACGUAUCCAAUGGUUGCUGCUAUCGCAGAUUCAAUUAACUGGCAAACGGCAUGGUAUCUCCCGUCUUUGUUGAUGUUUGUUUGGGUCGCAUUUUGGGCAAUAAUAGCAUAUGAUUCACCUGACGAACACCCUGGUAUUACAGAUGAAGAAAAAGAAUUUAUUAUCAGAUCACAAGCUGGAACAAUGACCAACGAAAAACCUACUUUGGCUCAAACUCCCAUGAAGAAAAUAUUUUUGUCAGUGCCUUUCAUCAGUUUGGUCUUGUGCCACUUUGGCAAUAUGUUUUUGCUGUUCUUCUAUCAAAAUUCUAUGACCCAAUAUCUUACAAGAAGUCUUGGGUUCAAACUUACCAAAGGUGGAGCACUCGCAUCUCUUCCAUGGGCUGGGCGAAUGGUGUUUGGUUUUCUCUUUAGUUGGAUUGGUGAUACUAUGAGAAGAAGACACUAUAUAAGUAUUUCAUGGCUGAGGAAAUUCGCAACAAUAUUUUCUCACUUAAUUCCAGGAUUGUUCUUGAUUGGUGUGAGUUAUGCUGGUUGCAACUUUGUCCUUGCAAACCUAUUCCUCGUAUUGAGCUUAGGAUUCAAUGGUGCAGCCGUGAUUGCUAAUCUUUCUAACAAUCAAGACCUCUCUCCCAACUUUGCGGGAUUCUUAUACGGAGUUAUGAAUACUCUUGGAUGCACUUCUGGAUUCAUUGGACCCCCGAUUGUAGCUGCUAUUAUCGGAGAUGAGGAUUCAAUAGAAAAUUGGCAAAUCGUAUUUUGGGUUGGUGCAGCCGUGUGCAUAUUCAGUAUGAUAGUCUUCUUCAUCGGAGGCAGCGGGAAAGUUCAAUCUUGGAACGAAAUAUCAUCGGUGGAAAGAUCUACGACACCUCAAGGAAGCCAGCUCAAUACAUUAGGUCCUACGAUUGCUCCUGCACCUGCUGUACAAAAAGCAUAACAGUUAUGAACGAUGGUAUUUAUAAUUUAUGUACAGCUUAUUUAUAUAAUUGAAGCCAUUUUAGUUUGCUGUCUGUGAAGUCAUAGAAUAAGAAAAGUUUAUAACUUUAAAUAAUGAGCAUGAUAGGGUAACGGUAUUUCGCCUAUUCAUAAAAAAACAAUUCAAAUGCAUCACAUGUUGAGGCUAUCCUGACAUGAUAAAUAUAUGUCUGUGAGCCACGUAAAAAGUCAUCAAAUAACUAGCGCGUAUUCAUUAAUGAGCAAUAAUAUAAGAUAAUUAUAUUUUUUAACUACGAAUUUUCUACUUUCAUAAAUUUAGUAGAGUCUGCAUCCACUAUGAGUCAUUAGAGAUAACUUUGAUCGAAUAGAAUAUAAACUCAGUUGCUGAUAAAUCCUGGGUAUACGAGAUUUCCAGUUAAAUAAUCAGAGUACUGUCAUAUUAGUAAUUGGUUUAGUUGACACAAUGCCUGUUGUUUCCAAGGUUUUUUACAAAGUAUAUUAUAAGGGGUAGAAUGUUUCAAAUUAUAUCAAUGUUUAACAUAACUAAAUUAUUGUAAAUACAAAUGAACUGUUGAUUUCACAAGAGUAAUUGCAUGGUGUCGAAAUAAAAAGUUUUAUUUAAAA